AUGAGGGAAUUGCAAAUUCAUGAGAAUUGUGUCUUCCCACAAAAGAUGGGAAUUUGUGUUAGUUAUGUUGUUCAUGUUGUUGUUUAUGCGGGUUGUGUUGUUUGUUUAGCAAAUGGGACAUGGGUGUCCGGACGAAGGUUAGAGCCAUAUAUUCGAACAAGGAUAAAUGAGUUUGAUACUUUGAAGAUUGGAAGAUCUGAAAAGAAUUACAAGCUGCAAUGGAUCCCCUUGAGUAAAUUCUGUGAUAUUUCGAAUCCGUUCCUUGUUCCAUCAGCACCUCCUAUGACACAAGACAUAAACUGCAAUAUGACUUCAGAGUUGGAUAGCACUACAGCAGGAGAUGGAAAUAUUCAGCAGAAUGGGGCUAAUCCUACUAUUGAAAUAGACCCUACAGUCGAUAAGGUUUACGGCGAUAAUUUAUCAACUGAGGACCACAAUAGGAUCAGACCAUGGGAUUUCUGGUCUGUACAUACGUCUCCUGUAUGUUCUCCAUUGUCGUCCAAUACAAAUGGAGUCUUCACAGAGUGGGAGCAGUCGCGGAAACAUCAGUACCCAGACAAUGAUAUUGAGCCUAGGGACGAUACUAUUCUGCAUAACUCAUCUGAUGAGGAUCGAAAUGGGAUUAAACUUUGGGAUUUCUGGUCUAGAAAUAUGGGGAUAGAAAGUCCUAUAUGUUCAUCAUUGUCAGAGACUGAAGUCUCCUCAAAUAGCGAAAACAAGUCCCUGGAAAAUGGUAAGCAAAGUCCACCCCUCAACCGGAUAAAUAGGCCAAUUCAGAGUCCACCCCUCAGUUCGAUGAGGAGGCUGGAAUCAUUUCAGAAUCCACCCAACUUCCAUUUGAGGACUCCAUAUCAGACUCCACCUGCCAGCCCGACAAAUAGGCCAUCUUCGAGUUUACCCCAAAGACGGAUGAGGGGGCCAUCUUUGAGUUUACCGCACAUAUUGAUGAGGAGGCCAUCUGAGAGUCAACUGAUAACAUCAGGUCCGACGUCUGCAUCAUGCAGUUGGUUCAGAGCAGGACUAUUAUGCUCUGAUAUAAACCGUGAGAACAGCACAUCUUCCUCAUCACAUAAAGAGAAAUUCGCUGCUGAUUCACCCAAAUUUCUUAAGAAUCUGCAGAAGGCAAGGAGAGCUUCUCUGAAAAAAGCAAAAUCAUUUCCACAGAAAGAAACAAAGCGGGAAAGGAAGCCUUUUCAAUCCCUAUUCGAAAGGUUGGCAAAUGCUCUUCCGCGGAAAUCAAUUGAUGCUGCUAAUAGCAAGACUAUUAUCCUUGUAGUGGACACUACUACUCUACUUGCCAAUAAAUCAAGAAGAGCAUUGCAGCUUCUUGAAGGCCUCGAGGGAACUCAACUUAUCAUCCCCAUAACAGUCAUAAAGAAUCUUGCUUAUCUGAAUCAAGAAGUUAGUUUCCUGAAAGAAAGUACAGAGGUGUCAUUAGCUUUAGAAUGGAUAAAAGAUUGUAUGGCUGAAAUACCAUGGUGGAUCCAUGUUUAUGAUCCCGCGGAGGAAGGGUUGCUUGCUACACCCACCCGUCCUCAAGCAGGCUCUUCCGCCUUCUCAGCUCUUGAACCUCCACCAGAAAUUCUCUUACCCACUGUAGAAGAUCAUGUACUUGGCUGCGCUAACAGUUUCAGGAGGAACAAUAACAAUGAUGGACACCUUGUCCUUCUCAGUAGUGACAAAACUCUGAAGAUUAAAGCAAUGGCAGUGGGGAUGGCCUGUGAGACUGCAGAGGAAUUCAUUGGAAGUUUUCGAUGA